AUGGUCUUGAAGGCACCUGUGCAAGUAGAUCAAGAUCAUCAGUCAUCUCUAGCCUCUAGCCAACCAGCUUCAAUUGAAUCCCAUCUAUCUCGGACCAGCACACUUACAAAUGCAGGAAGAAGGUCUAGGUUACAAUUUUGGCAUCACCAAAAAGAUAGUAGUAUCAGCUCUGAAGUUUCAACUGGAACUGGAAGUACGAAGAGUGAAAUGGGACAAAUCUCAGGUCCAAUCUCAAUCCGUUUGAUGACUGAUGACAACAUCACUGCUCUCUUUGGACCUUCUGGCAAAUUGACUCCAUAUCAGAAUUUACCAAGAUCAAGGAGAGGAUCAGACUCUUCAGCAGAUUAUUCAUCUGUUGACAAUUGGAGAAGCUCUCAAUCACCACUGAGCAAGCAAGUGCGAAGCACACCAAGAGCUCACUGCAGUUCUCCUUCUGUACCACUUUCAAGUCCUUACUCGACCUUGGCAAAGCCACCUUGCCCCCCCAGAUUAAGACCUGUUAUGGCUUCAGGAUUCUACUAA